UCAUUUUUGUUCGAAACCCUGCAGGAUUUUAACAGCCACUUCCUGUAGCCAUUUUUUAAGCGACGGGUUGUCAACGACAGCUGCGCAGUUGACUUCAGCAUGUCAGCUAUGAAAGUCCAUCGAGGCAGCCGCGCUCUCAUGCGGAGCGGUGUCCCGCUAGUUGCUUCCAUGUCAGGUUUGGCCUUCAUCAGUUGUCGACCUUCGGACACCCCGCGAGCAUUGCAAGCGCCAGCGGCACAAGCAACACCAGCUCAGGCCCCCGCCACGCCGGCGCAAACGGCCGCGGCGCUGUUGCUGGGGGUGGCUGCAGGUGUCUCUGCCUCUGGAGCCUCUGCCUCCUCACGCACGCGGCCAGCGGUGAGGUGCAGUCCCGUUGGCACGGAGACUGUCGAAAAGGAGGCGCUGGAGACGGUGUCGACGGUGGAAACUGAGACGCUGGAGGAGACGACGCUGGAGGUAGAUGCAUCGGGGGUUGCCAGAGCCAACUGGCAAGAUACCGCGAUUCGUCGAAUGUGGACCCGAGCGGACGCGUGGCAUGUGCACGCAAUUUCUGGUGGUCUUCACACCAUUAUUGGUUUGUUCUACCUCCUCGAUAUCCUUGUGGGCGACGUGGUAAGACUCAACGGUGGCCAGUGGUCGGAACAUGUGCCUUUCGAACUGGUCCUAGCUUCGAUGGUUUUCGGCGCCGUCAACGCAGUCUCGGGCCUGCAACCCACCUUGCUGCCGCGCCCCACCGAGACGCUGCCGCAGCUCCUGGGCUUUGGCGAGGAUGGAAAUCUGCAAGCAGCAGGCUUUGUGAACACAGCAGGCUUCUACUUCUUUUUGACCUAUCAGAGUCUCCGCGUGCUGCCUGAGUAUCCUGUGUGGCUGCAACCUUUGGAUCCCGUCUUCUCGGCCACGGCGUUUGUGGCGAUCUUCCAUGCCAUUUUCCUGAUCAACAGUUGGGUCUCUCGAGGUAAACUGAGUCGAGAAUUUGCCGUCGGCAUGAGUGCGCCACUCUUGCUGAAUGUGCCUGUGUCAUUGCACUUGGUUUUUCAAGGACAGUGGUGGGUGGAAGCCCUUUCCGCGGCAUAUCCUGGUUGGCCGGAAGUCUUCUUUUCGGCCAACUACGCCCUUGCCUGGGCAGGCUCUAUGGUCACCCUCGUCCUCUCCCUCUACGAGCGGAAGGUUUGCGACUUGCAACAGCGCGCUCUGAUGACUGUGUUCCUGGGCCUUAUCACCUUUACGGUGAUCCCGCUGCGGGUCAUUCGGCUUAGGACACGUCCGGCCUGCGACUCCUGCUGUCCCAGCGAGGCUGCGUUGCUGGUGCCGCAGUGGUUCCAAACUGAUCAGAUGGUGAUGCUCACGCUGAAUCCUCCUUGAGGCAAGCGCUUUUGUGGUUUUGGCAACGGCGCCGCAUGGAUUGAUGGCUGCGAAAAUGGA